GUCAACUCGACGGGCAUUGCAAACAGCUGUAGCCUACUUCACUCCUGUGUGACAAACUUUUCAUCUCAACAACUUCAGUUUGCUUAUAGUUGGAAUCAUCAAAUCUCUCCAGAGAGAUAUUCCAAAUUCCAACAUGGAGUGUCUCGUCGGUAACAACUCGGAAAUGAUGCUUCAAACCGCCGACGAAAGUAACUACAAGUGCGAUGAAAACAGGCAGUUGCAUUGCCAGGAACUGAUUGAAUUAAACGAUCAAAUUGCUCAAGAUAAUGCUGCAAGUCACAUGAACGACUAUGCAAUUUUACCGGCAGUUAAUUUGUGUCCGAUAUGGGGCAUCAGCAAUUUGGAAGUAGUUGAGACUGGGCAAAGUGGAUUUGUAGAGGUCGGCAAUGUGGCAAAUAGUUCUGUUCCAACAUCUACCGGUAGGCCGAGAAGAAAGCCGAGACCGUAUUCUCCCUCAGAUCUGACUGCAGGCAGUAAGAAACAGAAGCAAAAGCCCAAAGUAAUUCGAGUACAGCGAAUUAAUUCUUCCAACGAUGUUUACAUCGACAAGAGAACUGGCCUGCCAUUUUCUUGCGACAAAUGUGAGUCGCCGCAUAUUGUCGAUCCAACACGAUGCAGUCCGGGAAAUCGGAAGCGACCACCAAUGCCAAGAAAGUACAUCGAUCCGAUUAGUGGCAGGAUUAUGAUGCUGUGUAAUGCUUGUGGAAUUGCAGCCAAGACAAAUCGAAAAGAUCGAACAACAAAGGUGAUUCAUGAUGCUGAAAAGUUGCUGCAACUUAAAACUCAUUAUCUUACCGAGUCAAUGAACUUUGCGAAAAAGCUUUCACUUGAAUGCAACGAACCAGAUUUGGCGAUGUUGUACUGUCCAUCAUUCAGUGCAAAGGGUUGUGGUUGCAUAGAGAAAUAUUUGUUUUCCGAAGCAAAUUUAGCGACUCAUGAAACACAGCUGAAAGCACUGGAUCUGUUAAGCUACCAUCGCAGGGCAGAAGAGUUGAACAGAAACGGCAAAUUCUCCAACGCGAGUGAAGACGACUACUGCAAUGUUCACUCGGAGAACGAACUCCACAUUGACGAGUGUGAAGAUAAUUUGAUUGAAGGAUUUCGCAAGCCACAUUACAAAUGCAAAAGCAGAGACUUUGAGAAGUUUGUUCUCAAUUCGAGGAUCAAAUUGAGGACGGAUUAUGCGCUGUGUGAGAAGGCUACGCAGAAGAUUUUGAUAUAUUCCAAUAAUUUCUUGCACAAGGAAUCAAAGACCGCACCUCAGAGAGGACCCAGAGUGGAUAAAAUAAUCAAAAGAACUGCUCGUCUGAAGCCAAUAUCUGAAAUGCAUAAGGAGCAUUGCUGCAGCAACGGGUGUACAAGGAUAGCAUUAAGCCAUGUCAAUCUUCUAGAAGACUGGCGGAAACGGGCAUCGGUUUGUCAAAAGGAUGCCAGAAGAGUAAUUGCCGAAAUGUUGACUCCAACGGGGGGGACAAAGGCUAAUUGUUACCGUUUCAUUAAAAUGGUUACUGGAAGCUGUGUAGCUACGAUUUUCUUGGUAAAUGAUCACAUGAAAAAAACUAAAGGAGAUCGAGAGCCUCCUGAGCAUGGAUUGAAGAGGUAUUGGCGGCGGAACUCGAAAUUACACAAAUCGAUGCCGAAAUCUGGCGAAAGCGCUUCUCCCAGUGCAAAACUACUGUCGGAAUCAACUCUGAUUCCAUCGGAUGAAGAACUGUUAUCGAUGGGAACAGAGGCAGCUUCUAAUUUACUGCAAGCAAAGAAACAGCAACUGGAAUAUUUGCAAAACAAGUUGCAAAAAGCUGAAUCAAGGCUGAAGGCAGCUGCUGAGACAACAACGACUGUAACACAAGACAUCGUGCCUCAAAUUUUGGUCAAUGAACUCAGGGACGGAGUACAGAACAACAUUUUUAUUCUUGGUCAAGAUGGGGUAAUUCGUCCUUGGAAGACAGAUCCACAGUAUGUGCACAUCACUGCGACACAGGAUAAUACAUGAUUCAAGUGACAAGUGAUCGAAUUAUACUCACGUGGCUGAAGAGGGAAAACUUGAACCGGCCGUCCGACAAACGAGGCAUCGUUUUCGGGGCGUAAUUCUCAAUUUGAUUGCAUAUAAUGGUGUUGAUAAUGCCGGUAGAGUUGCAGUAUACGUAGACACCGUC